AUGAUCAAACUGAGGUGCCCCAACCCCAGGAAGCUCUUCAGGAGGAGCUCCUCUAAGAUCAGCAGGUCUAGUAGCAGCAGCAGCAGCAGCAACAGCGACAACGGCAGCGAUGCCUCUGGUGGUAUCCGGGACGGCGGUGGCAGCGGGGAGAUCGAGUGGGAGGUGCACCCGGGGGGCAUGCUGGUGCAGAGGAGGGAGUGUAGGGGGGACGUCGAGGUCAUCACCGUCAGGGUGGCCACCGGCUACUCCUGGCACGAGGUCUCCAUUGGAGCUACCUGCACUUUUGGUGAGCUGAAGGUGGCAGUGUCCAUGGUGACGGGGCUGGAGCCAAGGGAGCAGAGGCUGCUGUUCAGGGGCAAGGAGAGGGAGGACAGCGACCACCUCCACAUGGUUGGGGUGAGGGACAACGACAAGGUGCUGCUCCUUGAGGACCCUGCCCUCAAGGACAUCAAGCUCCGGGCCGCGCUCGCGGCCCAGGGCGUGCAAAGCCCGUAUCAGACAUUUAUCAAGGUGUAGGCUGGCCCGCCUCACCCACCUCGCUAACAGUUAGGGUA